CAAGGUACCGCUGUGAGAACGCAACCAGACUCCACAGUCAAGCAAUACUUUCCUGUUUCAUUUUUCCACUUUAUAAGGCUUGUAUGAGUAGCGGCUGCUGAUUGGACACUUUGUGACAAGUUUGACAGCGAAGAGCGAGAACCAAUUUCCCUGCCACUAGAGUCAGUGCCCUUCCUGGCUGACCGAUGCUCCUUGCCGUAUCUGCGAAUAAGAAAUGGGGAAGGGCUACUAGGAUGCAGGACUUAGACUUCAUACCCAAUUCAAGUGAUUGGACAGGGGACAGAAGCUGUCUGAGAAAGAACAAUAGACCAUACAUUCGACACGACGAUGCGGCUGUGAAUGCGUGCCAACUUCUUCCAAUGUCCCUUCGCUCCCUUCCUUAUACUGUAAGACUUGUACGUACCUUCGUCUUGUCCCUCCCCCUUCCUCGCUUUGUCAACGGAAGCUGCCCGACGAUGGACAGCGGAUCGGCGGUCGUUGGGAGCGUACGCCGGCGUGUCUGUAAAUGCGUACCGCUCUCUUUCAUAUCCCUUCGCUCCCUUCUUUAUACUGGAAGACUUGCAUGUACCUUCACCUUGCCACUUUGCUCCCUUCCUCGUUCUGUCGAGAGAAGCUGCCCAAUAAUGAACAGCAGUUCUGCCAUCGCCGGAAGUCCACGACACGGCAUGGCUGUGAAUGUGUGCCAGUCGUUGGCACUUCCCUUCGAACCCUUCCUCAUGCCACCACAAACGUCCCCGCGUUCGUCUCUAUUCUCGAUUACUUCAAAGAAGUCAGUGCUGCUGUCUAUAGACAAAAUACAAAUGCAUACUAUGCCUCACACUCACCUGGUGUAAACGGUCAAUGUGAACUCUGCUUCGUGUGCUCUUUCGCCCUAGAUAAUGUAUCCGAACGCUAACCAGAUGGCGGGCAAUCCUCCCGCAAUCAAUCCUCACCUCGAACCUGUGGGUUAUAUUGCAACGAACGGAUCUCCAUUAGGGUUUGUC